AUGCCAGAAGCGUCUAUAGAGCACUUGUAUGCAAAAAUGACUCAAUGGGCCGUUUCAGUGAAGGAGAAGACAAAAGAAUUGGAGAAAAUGGUGAAAGAAGCGGCCAAAGAAGAUGAACCAACGAAGAAAGUCGAGGCGAAGAUAACAGCAGCAACAAAUACCCUAGACCGGAAAAACGCGCAUUUGAACCUCUCCAUUGAAGGAUUCGUAGAAGAAGUCGACAGAAUGCAAAAUAUUGCAACAGUUGACAAAGAGACAAUGAAGAAGGGUAUUCAAGACGCAUCCAAAUUUCUUGCCGGUGGCGAAGAAGCUGUAGCUUCGGCAACUGAACUUUUGGAGUACUGGAAACUUCAAAAAGAUGAAACUGCCGACAACACCACGACAAAUCAAGUGAACAACACUCAAGUUAUGGAAAGAUUACCACAACAAGGGACAAAUUUAUCAAAUUUGCCAAAAGUCAAAAUACCUGACUUUCAAGGAGAAGCCACAAAAUUCAAAAAUUUUUGGCACCUUUAUGAGGAUACAAUCGAAAAAUCGAACAUCAGCAAAAUGAUGAAAUUCAUGUAUCUUCAAUCUUUCCUCAAAGGACCUGCAUUGAAACUUAUUCAAAGAUUCGAGAUUUCGGAAGAAAACUAUGAUCCUGCAAUCAAACUUCUGAAGGAACGAUAUCAAAAUGAAGAAUACAUUACAGUUUCACUCAGUGAAAAACUUCAAUCGGCAACAGCAAAAUCCAAAAAGAUCGUAGAUCAACAAAAUCUGUUCGACGAGAUCUACACAAUCAUACAGCAAUUGGAAACUUAUGGAGAAAGUAUCAAUAAUAGGUUGAUGAAACAAUUGAUUAUUUCAAAAUUUGAAAUUGAGAUCCGAGAAAAAAUCAUUCGGCAAAGAGAUGAAGCCAAGGAGCUCGGAGAAGAAUGGUCGACAACAAUGCUGUUGAAGAAAAUCGAGGCAAUUCUCGACAGAGAAAGAAGAAUUCACAUUGCUCUCGGGAAACAAGAAGAACCACACACAAAGAAGGAGGAUAUUGGAGCAGAAACAAAAAGCCAAUCCAAUCAGGAAAAUGCGAAAAAAUCUGCGUCGAAAAAUCCUCAUACACACACAAAUGGAAAAAAGUCAAACUUUGUUCCAAAGAAAGUUGUUUGUAAAUUAUGUGACCAAGAAGGACACAACGUUUUCAAAUGCGACAAAUAUCCCACUCCAAAAGAAAAAAGAGAAUUGAUGAAAACAAAGACGUUGUGCUGGAAUUGUUUGGGAACUGAACACAAUUCAAAAGACUGCAAAUCCAAAUACAAAUGCCAACAUUGCAAUUCAAAUCACCACACGUCCUUGUGCCUCAAAGAAAACCGAAAUGAAAGGAACAUAAAAGAAAAGGUGACUAAUGAGGCACCUCAUUCAUCACACAACAAUGUUUGCACAAACCAAGUCAAACCAAACCAAACAGAUGGAAAAAUUUUUUCGAGGGACCAAAAGUUGCCAACUCCUGGAACAAUCCAAACAUUGUCAAUUGAAGCUUACAAUGCGAAGACAAAGAGUUGGGAAAAAAUAACUGCUUUUUUGGACAAUGGAUCAACAAACAGUUAUAUUUCAAGAAACAUUGCAAAUGAUUGGGAUUUGAGAAAAGAAAGAUCAAUUGAAUUCUCAAUGCAAACAUUUGGAAAGGAGCCUGAAAAGCAGAAUAUGGAUGUAACAAGGAUAAUGGUGAAGGACAACAAAGGUUCAAUCAAAGAACUGGAAGUUUUGGUCGCAACAACUCUUACUGGAAAAAUAUCCAAAACAAAAUUAUCACCAGAAGACCUACACCACAUCAAACAAUUGAACAUACAAAUCAACGAAGAAAUCGAAAAUACUGUUUCCACACCUGAUCUAGCAAUUGGAGCAGAUUAUUUGACUUGUGUGUAUCAAGGAGAAAGCAUUCCACUACCUUCGGGAAUGCACCUCACACCAACAAUUUUCGGAGCAACAUUGACUGGAAAACCACAAGGUCGCCAAGAAAACAACUACGAAAUCUUGUAUAACAAUGUUGCAAUACCCGAAAACCAAGUAAUGGAGAUGGAAUACGAGAAGUUAGCCGCAGAAGAAUUCACUGGAACAACUGAAGAAGAAAAGCAGUUGGAAGAUGAGAGAGUGCGGAAAGAAUUCCAUGAAACCAUCAAAUAUAAAGAUGGUAAAUAUUCUGUCAGACUACCGAAGAAGCCCAACAUCAAGGAGAAAUUGUCAAGCAAUUUUGGAAUUGCGUUGAGGCGACUUCAAAGCACACAAAAACAACACAAUCAACAAACAUUGGAGGAAAUUGCCAAAAUAUUCAAACAACAAGAAACAGCCGGAAUAAUUGAAAGGGUGGUCGAUUGGCAAGCAACAGAAGGCCACUACAAUCCUCACCAAGCAGUUCUCACACCAGAAAAAAUAACAACAACAGUUAGGCUGGUUAUUGAUGGAUCAGCACAUCACAAAAAUCAACCAUCUCUGAAUGACAUGCUCUUCAGAGGACCAUUGGCUAUUCCGGAAUUGAAUAAGCUGUUCAUGAGGUUCCGAUCAGGAGAAACAGUGAUUUUGUCGGAUAUAGAAAAAGCUUUUCUGAUGGUUUAUUUGGAAGAAGAAGACCGAGACUACACAAGAGUCUUAUGGUUGAAAGAUUUCAACAAACCAGCAACCAAGGACAAUCUUAUCGUCUACCGCUUCACUCGAGUAAUCUUUGGAUUGAUAUCGAGUCCAUUUCUUCUCGCAGAAACUAUCAUCCACCACUUGAGAUCAACCAAACACCCAAUGGCGGAAGAAAUCAUUCAAAAUAUAUAUGUCGACAACUUGGUGAUCACAACAGAUGAGCAAGAUGCGAAAAAGCUGAAAGAGAUUCAAACAGCGACAAAAGAUGUGUUCAAAGAAAUGUCAAUGAACAUCAGAGAAUUCUUGACCAAUAACGAACAAUUGGAGAAGAUGAUUGCACCGGAAGACAAGACCAAAGUAACUGAAAUGAAAUUUUUGGGAGUUACUUGGUGUUCAAAACAGGAUCUUCUGAAAAUUCAAUGCAUCAUCAAACCCACAACAAAAUGCUCUAAAAGAACAGUAUCAAGAACAAUUGGAACAAUAUUCGAUCCACAAGGAAUACUGGUACCAAUAUUGUUGCCAUUGAAAGUUUUCCUGGCCAAAUUAUGGGAAAAUAAUUUUAAUUGGGAACAAGAGUUACCAUCUGAUUUACAAAUGGAAUGGGAAAAUAUCAUCGAAAACAUCAAAAAUUUCGAGAAGAAUAUUCCACGGAAAAUAUUCCACAAAUCGGAUAAAAACAACCUGGUGGUAUUCACGGAUGCGAGCAAAUAUGCAUAUGCGUGUUGCGUUUAUGUGCAAAACAAAUAUGGAAAUCAUUUGGCAUUUGCAAAAUCAAAGCUCAAACAACCGAAAACCAACUGGACAAUUCCGAAAUUGGAAUUAGCUGGACUAAAAUUGGGAGUCGAAGCGAUGAAAAUCGUGGUAGACGCAAUGCAAAUUGGGAAUAUCCCAGUCAACAAAAUCACAAUCUUCUCGGACAGCCAAAUAGUUUUGGGAUGGAUCAAAGCCGCACCAGGCAAAAAGGAAGUUGGACAGUUCGUAUUCAACAGAAUCAUGGACAUCCGAAAGGACGUCGAAAACAUCGAGAACCAAAAGAUCGAUGUGGAAUUCGGACACGUCAAUACAACCCAAAAUCCAGCAGAUUUGGCAUCAAGAGGAUGCACACCAAUUGGAAUGACCGACAUUUGGUUCAAUGGUCCACAAUUCCUCCAACUCGAACCAUCGAAAUGGCCAGAAGCGAACAACAUGUUCAAGCCAAAUGAUGAGAUGGGAGAACUCGAGAAUAUCCACAUCAAUUUUGCCAACACAAUUGAGCAAGCCGAUGAUCAAAUGGCAUUUGAUUGCGACAAAACGUUGAAUCUAUCAAAACAGAUCCGGAUUGUGGCGUAUGCUAAUCGAUUCAUUCGAAGAUGCUUGAAAAACUCAGCGGAGUCAACAAAACAAAAAAUAUUCCGGAAAAUACCUGAACUGGAUAUCGAGGAACCAAAAACAAACAUCCUGGAGGCAAAUGAGAUGAACAACGCCGAAAUUAUGUUCAUAAGAGAUCAACAACAAGCAAUUUCCAUCAAAGAGAUCAAGAAAGCCAAAAACCUCAAUUUGAAAUUGGACGAAAAUGGAUUGCUACGAUGCCACGGAAGGUUGGCGAAUUCAGAAUUGCCAAGAAAUGCAAGAGAACCAAUCUUCAUCGGAAAUAAAUCGAGAUUAUUCAGAUUUGGUGAUUGUCAUAUUGAUCCAUUCCUUCCAUAA